CGGGUAGAGCAGAUAAAUGAUGUCAGAUCCAGUACCCAGGUAGAACAGAUAAAUGAUGUCACAUCCAGUACCCGGGUAGAACAGAUAAAUGAUGUCAGAUCCAGUACCCGGGAAGAACAGAUUAAUGAUGUAGCUUCCAGUAUGCGGUUAGAGCAGAUAAAUGAUGUCACUUCCAGUACAAGGAUAAAUGAUGUAGCUUCCAGUACGCGGUUAGAGCAGAUAAAUGAUGUCACUUCCAGUACAAGGACUUGA